CUACCCAGGCACCCCUGAAAUUGGUUCUUAUGGGUUACUAUAACUGUUGAGCAUGUUCAGUUUUUCUUACCUUUAAAUAUAAAUAAGAGUUGUUAAAACAGUUGUAGUAAAGCUGCUGCUGCUCCCACCCUACCUGUUUUUUUUAAACUAAGGAGCUCUUCAGAGCAGUCUUCUCUUACAGGUUUGGAAGUAAAUGAUAGUGCCACCUGAAUCGUCUGUAAUCCUGAUCAAUCUCAAAACAUACCGAUUCAUCCAUAUUUGUUUUUCAUAGAUUUCACUUUUGAGUAGACCUUUAUAUCUGAAUAUUUCCACUCUUUUUUCCUCCCUACCAUAAUAAUCAUUUUAUAGUAUUACUCUUACUUUAUUUUAGAAAUUACUGUGUUCUCACGUGACAUGAUCUGGCAUGUCAUUAUAGUAAUGUGAAAAAGUAAGAUACCUUCCAUUUUCUCCUACAUAGGCAGGUCGUGGUUAUUUUGGGGGUAUAAUUGUAUAAUCAGAUUUUUGGGAUAUAAGGAUGUAAAACAAUUUGUCUAAACAAAGUCUGUUUUAAUGUGUUUUUAACACAAAUAUUUUUACAUCUAUUGCAAAUCAGACUUCUACUUUGUACUUCCAUCAUGAUCAGUAUUCUUUUUUGACAUUCUUCUGGAUAAGUUUAAUAAUUUUCUUCAUUGCUAGAUUUGCAUGUAACAAUGUGGAACAGAGUGGCAUCUCCAACAGGGAGAAAUCUUAUACAGAAGCAUAUUUUGAGGAAAGGUGGUAUUUGAAGGAAGAGGGAAAUAAGUUCCUAUUGCAUAACAUUUAUGUGCAUGGAAUUUAAGACGAGUUCACACUUCAAUUAAAAGUACAUUUCCUGUGUGUGUGUGUGUGUGUGUGUGUGUGUGUGAGAGAGAGAGAGAGAGAGAGAGAGAGAGAGAGAGAGAGAGAGAGAGAGUUUUCUCAUUUUAUUAUGUAAUGAAAAUGAGGGGAAAGUGAUUAUCUCAUUAGGGGGUAUAGGCGAGAUUGGUUAAUAUUCUUAAAUUAUAAAGUUUUUUUAGUCUUCAGUAGAUUUGUCAAAAUAUAGUGAUCAUUGUUGAAGACUUUGAUUUUUCACAAUGAUGACAGUAUUAAAGGAUUUCAUCUAAAACUUAGAAUUUAAAAAUAGUUUUUAGAUCAGUAUUUUCUAGCUGAUCUAUCAUAACUGACAUUAUUUGCUUCUGUCUCAUUUAAUGCCCUCCCAUAUCAGAAUCACACUUGGGGCUUUCCUAGGGCAUAUAUAAUCUUUGACUUCUAACUUAAGUCCUGUCAAAGAGGCAAGUUAUUUUGCUAAGGUUUGUUUCUAAUAAUGUUAUUCUCUUUUAAUUUCACUAAAUUAUUGUAUCUUCAUGUACUCUCUUCUGAGGUAUAAUCUUCCUACCAUCUCCACAAAUAAUUGCUCAUUCUUCAGUACCAGUUUUUACCAAUGGCUGUGGAACUCACUCUCUUUGCUUGUCUUCAUGUCAGAUUUGGACUGAGCAACAAAUUUGAAUCAGAAUUCCCUUCUUCGUUAACUGGAAAAGUAGCUCCUGAAGAAUUUAAAGCCAGCAUCAACAGAGUUAACAGUUGUCUUAAGAAGAACCUUCCUGUUAAUGUACGUUGGCUACUUUGUGGCUGCCUUUGUUGCUGCUGCACAUUAGGUUGCAGUAUGUGGCCAGUUAUUUGCCUCAGUAAAAGAACACGAAGAUCGAUUGAGAAGUUAUUAGAAUGGGAAAACAAUAGGUUAUACCACAAGCUGUGCUUGCACUGGAGACUGAGCAAAAGGAAAUGUGAAACGAAUAACAUGAUGGAAUAUGUCAUCCUCAUAGAAUUUUUACCAAAGACACCGAUUUUUCGACCAGAUUAGCAUUCACUUUAUUUAUAGAGACUUUCCAAGUAUGUUGUCUUUCCAAUGGUGCCUUGCUUGGUGCUCUCCUGGUGGUGACAUAACAUUGGUUCUACAGAAUCGUGUGGUGUUUUGUUUUUGUUUUUUUUUUUUUUUUCUGUUUUUGUUUUUUUAAAUAACCGCAUGUUCUAAGUGUGCAUUUUUGUCAAACUUUGCAACAGUUAUUUCAUACAGAUGUUUAAUACUUAAGUUAUUGUGCUCUUUUCUGUUAUGUAUUCUGAUUUUCAAGGAUUACUUUUUUGUAUUAUCAAAAAAAUACAUUUGAACUUAGCAUAAAAAGUGGCCAGCCUUUUUUAUUUUAUCACCAAGGUACACACACAGUCCUCUAUUUAUUAAUUCCAUAAUAUAGAAGAACACUUUUGUAAGCCUCUACUUAUCUAUUCCAAGCACACACUCUUUGUAUUAUUUUUCUUCCUUUUAAAAUUUAAAAUAGUUAUUGUUUUAAAAUAGUAAGUUUUCUUUAAUAGCUUUUUGGAAUCUAACAUAUCCUUUUCCAUACAAUUCCUAAUGCUCUGUUUACAGCAGAAAUAUCUGUUACGUUAUGAAGACCUAUCAACAAAUUUUGAAAGUGUUUCUGUCUUCAGAGGUAGUAAGGCAGUAUUAAAUUAUUUUUAAUAGAAUAGACAAAUAAUGAAUGGUAUGCAUGCACCUGAUGGUUACUAGAGCUCAGGAUCACAAAAUAUAGUAGCAUUACAAUCUGUGUAUAUUUUUGAUCAAGAUGAUAAUAAUGGCCUUACUUGCGUUAUUUUUUAUUGUUUAUCAAAUCUUCUAUAGAAAAGUAUGGAAAUACUCCUUUUAAAAAUUUCUAAGGAAAAUACUUCUCCCAAUCUAACAUAAUUGUAGAAUGGAUAUAUGUUUCUGAAAAGUUUUUGGAAGAAAGCAAAAGUUCUAGAAUUAAAAGUAAGCUGGUGUUUAAAUACCCCAUUGAUACUUAGAACAGAUUACUAUUGCUAAGAAACGGAGGACCUAUUUAGUACUGUUUUUAUCCACUAGUUUGCUUUCAGUCCAGUUAUGUAUACUUUUUUGACUGAGAAUGCGACAUGUAAGUUUGAAUCAGAUUAACAUAUUUCUUCUAAAUAUAUACAAAUAUACAUAUCCCCCCCCCCUUUUGGUUGUACAUAUCUCCAUGCAUUUUAAAACUUUCUAAAUUUCUGAAUGGCCUAUGUGUAAAUUUUUGUUUUUAUAAACCUGAAAUUAUACAAGUUUUAAUGUGUGUCAAGAACUUGUUCCAUUCAACUGUGGUAUCUAGCAAUAAUGUGAAUAACUUUUGAAAUUAUAUAAACUAUGCUUACUAAUUUGUAUUAAGAAUUGGUACCACUAUACAGUAUCUUUUCUCCUUGUAUUAAAUCUUUUAAAUACCAGUUUCUUUAAUUUAUAUACCUGUAUUUUUUAAAAGUAUUUCUCUGUACUUCUCCAGAGUACUGUAAUUGUAUAUAAAUUUGAAUAGUUGGAGUCUAGAAUCUUAUAUCCUAUAUCCUAUAUUGGACAUUAGGAACUAUCUUAAAAACUA